AUGUCCCUCAAUCAGGAGAAAAGCGAAAUCCAGUUGGACGAGAAACGCAAUUCAAUUGAUGAGACAAAACCAGCGCAGAUUGUCCAGAUUGACAAUUUCAACGUCUUGGGGUUAAGUGAGGAAGAUGCAGCGUUCUACACCGGCUUCUCGGAGCAACGGCGGAAGAAGGUCAUUCACAAGGUCGACGUGCGAUUAGUGCCAAUGCUCGCGAUAUUAUACCUCAUCUCGCACAUUGAUCGCGCAAAUAUUGGCAACGCAAAAAUCGAAGGCUUAGUCGAAGAUCUCGGCCUCAGCGGUGUUCAAUGGAACAUAGUCCUAUCCGUGUUCUUCGUGCCCUACGUCUUACUUGAAGUUCCAUCGAACAUGCUUCUCAAGAAGUUUAAGCGCCCAUCAGUGUACCUUGGUAUUCUGAUUACAAUCUGGGGUGUCAUCAUGACAAUGAUGGGCGUGGUACAGAAUUUUGCUGGGCUUCUAGUGACUCGCAUUCUACUUGGUGUUUUCGAGGCCGGUUUCUUCCCCGGUGCGAUAUAUCUUUGCUCGGCGUGGUACAUGCCGAAAGAUCUUGCGACACGCAUAUCAUACUUCUACUGCGCAUCGGCUCUGUCUGGAGCUUUCAGUGGACUACUCGCUGCCGCGAUCGCCAAUAUGGACGGGGUCGGUGGAUACGAGGGCUGGCGAUGGAUUUUCUUGCUCGAGGGAAUCGCAACUGUUUUGCUCGGUGUCAGUUGCUUCUUCCUCUUGGUGGAUUCCCCAGCUCUGAGCGGGCGUUGGCUCGACCAGGACGAAAUCCGCUUUUUAGAGCUCCAGAGAUUCAUCAAAGACGGUGGAAAGUUUCAAGAGGAAGGGUCCAGUUUUCGCUGGAGAGACCUAAAGAUGGUUGUAUGCAACUGGCGGUUGUACUUGCAAGCGUACAUACUGCUUGGUACCUCGGCUUGCUCCUACGGAACGAAGUUUACUCUGCCAACUAUCACCAAGUCGAUGGGGUUCAGCAAUACCAAUGCGCAGUUGAUGAGUGUUCCACCUUACGUCGCAGGCGCCAUCAGCUCGAUAUUUUUCGCACGGCUAUCCGAUCGAUUCUUUUGGCGACUACCUUUCGUUGCAAUGCCAUUGUCUCUAAUAUUCAUCGGGUACUCCAUAAUCAUCUCUUUCCACGGAGACCUCGGAGGACAUAUCGGCCCCGCAAUAUUCGGUAUCAUCUUGACCUGCAUGGGUAUUUAUCCCAUUCAGCCUGCUGCGUCAUCUUGGGCUGCGAACAACCUUGCACCAUCGUCGCGACGUUCGAUCGGUGUUGCAUUCAACAUAUGCGUUGGUAAUAUAGGUGGCGUUAUUGGGUCUUAUAUGUACCUCGACUCAGAGAAGCCAACGUACUAUACUGGCUUUGGACUUUCUCUAGCAUUUGGAGCAAGCAUGUUCAUAGUUGCUUUCCUACUCGAGCUGUCUUACAAGUGGGGCAACCACAGGAAAGAGAGCAUUGGCGAGGACGAAGUUCGUGCAAAAUACACGGACCAGCAGUUGAUGGACAUGGGCGACAAGUCCCCAUUGUUCAAGUAUGUGCUUUAG